AUGGAUUACUCGACAGUUCUUAAAUCUUUGGCAAAAGAAGUAGGUAUUUCUAUACCUUCGAUUCCAAAUGUAAGAAGAUGUGGAAAAUGUGGAGAACCUUGCGUAUUGGGAUGUUGUAAACCGGAAACUCAGCUGAACGCUAAUACUCCAUUUGAUUAUAUUCGAUGGAUCCCUUUUGAAGAAUUUACUAAUAUCGAAUACAUUGCAAGAGGUGGUUUUGGCUCUGUUUGUUCUGCAUAUUCUGAAAAUUGGGGAAACGUUGCUCUCAAAUUUCUAUAUAAUUCGGAAAAUUUAUUGAAAGAGCUUAGAGCCUAUCGUCACUGUAAACGUAGUUUUGGAAUAAUCGAUUGUUACGGUGUUAGUAGAGAUACAAAAACUGGAAAUAAUGUGAUGGUGACUCGAUAUGCUAAACAAGGAAGUUUACGCCAUUAUCUUUCCAAUUAUUUUACUGAUUUGACUUGGGAUGAGAAAAUAGUAUUAUUUAAUCGUAUUGCAAAAGCAUUGAAAGGAAUUCAUGAUGCUAGAUUGGUUCAUAGUAAUUUCCAUAGUGGUAAAAUUUUGAUACAUGAAAAGUUGGUCUUCAUCACUGGCCUUGAGAUGUGUCAUCCGGUAUAUGAAACUAAAGGUUGGAAUUCUUAUCAUUAUGGUGUGCUUCCGUACGUGGCUCCUGAAGUGUUGAGGGGUGAGCUCAUGAUUAUAAAUAUUUGUCAAGGCUUAAGGCCUCCUAUAAUCUCUGGAACGCCUAAAGGUUAUGCAGUCGCAAUGCUUCGUUGCUGGAACAGUAAUCCCUCUAAACGGCCAACCAUUGAUGAACUGUUAAAUAUGUUAAACAAAUGGCGUUACUUGUCAAGCGAAAAAGAACCUAUCCAAGGUCCUAAUACCAAGAAAGUAAACACUGGUCACGUUACUGUACACCCUCAAGCUUUCUACACUAGCAGAAUGUUACAUUACCUGAGCCUUCUAGAACCUCAAAACUUUGAUGGUCACAAUGCACUUUUUGACUCAGCAACAGGUGAAAUAGACAUUAUAGAUUACAAAGAACCAUCCGAUAUGUCAUUGCUUACACUAGACGAACUUUCUUCUGACAAGGGCAAGGAAAAGACUCAAGAAGAUCGACGUUCUCGUGUCACAAGAAAGCAGUCUAUAACUAAGAAUAUGAUAACAAGUAAAACAUAUAAGAUAGAUAAAGAAAUGAUUGAUAAAAUAAGAGCUGAUCGUAGGAAGUUAUCUCGAUAUCGUUGGAAUUUUCUCAACGAUCUUGCAACUAUUAAUGGUAAUUUUGCGACUAAUAUUUUUCCUGAACUGUAG